ACUAAAAAUUCCAACCAACCACUAGACAUUGAUCAUCAAACUUCAUUGCCAAAAAAAAACAAGAAAAACACAUCCUAUACAACAAACAAAAACUAUGUCUUGCACAAGCUCAAAUCUUCUCUUAAGCCCAAUCUCAAACCGAACCACGCGUCACGUAACCGCGGUCUCAUCGUACAACCCACAAUCUCCAAAACCUGCCCAAAAUGUUUCAGUUCAAUGCAAUGAUCAAAAAACCAGGAGACAACUUUUGUUUCUAAUGACAGCAAUGACAUCAGUGACAACAAUGGAGAGGGUGUCAUUAGCUGAAGAUAUAGGACUAUUUGGGUUAAGGAAAAAAAUUAAGAAAGUUGAAGAGGAAGCUGAGGAGAUAGUUAAGGAAGGAAUAGAGACAGCUGAGAAAGGAAUUGAGGCGGCCGAACGAGGAAUCGAAGGCGCGGAAAAGGAGAUAGAGAGUGAUAUUGACACCGGGUUUGGUGGUGGGUUGGGUCAGGCUGGUGUGGUUCUUGGUGCUGAGGCUGUUGCUGUUUUUGUUGCUAGUUCGGUUGUUAAUGGAAUUUUAGGACCCGAAAGUAAUUAAUUUAAUGAUAUUGUUUCUGAUUUUUGUGGUAAUCAGAGGUUUAUAUUGUAUUUUGUAUUAUGUACCAGUAAUUAGUUACUCAUGAUUGUAAUGAGUAAAUUACAGCCACUAUUGGAAAGGUUUUUAAUAAAAAAAAAUUUUCAUUUGGCCCUUGA